AUGGCAACGAUCAAGGAUCAGCUGAUUCAGAAUCUUCUUAAGGAAGAUCAUAUCCCCCAGAAUAAGAUUACAGUUGUUGGGGUUCGUGCUGUCAGCAUGGCUUGUGCCACCAGAUUAAUGAAGGACUUGGCAGGUGAACUCACUCUUGUUGAAGUCAUGAAAGACAAAUUGAAGGGAGAGAUGAUGGAUCUCCAGCACAGCAGCCUUUUCCUUAGAACACCAAAAAUUGUCCCUGGCAAAGAUAAUAAUGUGACUGCAAACUCCAAACUGGUUAUUAUCAUGGCUGGGGCAUGUCAGCAAGAAGGAGAAAGUUGUCUUAGUUUGGUCCAGCUUAAGGUGAACAUCUUUACAUUCAUCAUUCCUAAUAUUGUCAAAUACAGCCCAAACAGCAAGUUGCUUAUUGUUUCCAAUCCAGUGGAUAACUUGACCUAUGUGGCUUGGAAGAUAAAUGGCUGUUCCAAAAACCACGUUAUUGGAAGUAGUUGCAAUCCGGAUUCAGCCCGGUUCCAUUACCUAAUGUGGGAAAGGCUGGAAGUUCACCCAUUAAGCUGUCAUGGGUGGGUCCUUGGAGAGCAUGGAGACUCCAGUAUGCCUGUAUGGAGUGGAGUAAAUGUUGCUGGUGUCUCUCCGAAGAAUGCACCCUUAGGCACUGAUGCAGAUGAGGAACAGUGGAAAGAGUUUCACAAACAGGUGGUUGACAGUGCCUAUGAGGUGAUCAAACUGAAAGGCUACACUUCCUGGGCCAUUGCAGAUGUGGCAGAUUUGGCAGAAAGUAGAAAGUAUAAUGAAGAAUCUUGGCGGGUGCAUCCAAUUUCUACCAUGAUUAAGGGUCUCUACAGAAUAAAAGAUGUCCUCCUUAGUGUUCCUUGCAUCUUGAGACAGAAUGGAAUCUUCGAUGCUGUGAAGGUGACUCUAACUCCUGAGGAAGAGGUCCGUUUGAAUGAGAGUGCAGAUACACUGUGGGGAAUCCAAAAGGAGCUGCAGUUUUAA